GCAGCAGUAGCAGCAGAUAGGCUUGGCAGCUUGUCGUGUUCGCGGUGGUGCGGAGCUCGUCGCGGGCGGCUUGAGUGCGCGUCGCAAGCCGAUAGAUGUACAAGAGAUAGAGAGCGACGAGCGAGUGUGAUUGCAUCGCGCCUAUUCGGCCAACGGGUAGGCUGAGUUUAGUGUGUCGUGCGCGCGUGCAAGAGGUAAAGCUCAACAAUGAGGAGUAGCAACAAGGGCAAGUCUCGCGACGGUUAACCAACGGAGAGAGAGAAAGAAAUGAGAGUGUUGGUCGAGAGACGACGACGACGACGCCAUAUUGGCGAGUAAAGUAUAGAGAGAGAGAAAGAGAGAGAGAGAGCGCGCGCGCGAGAAAGAGCAAAAGGAGAGUGUGUUUGUGCCGUUUCGACGGCGAGAGAGAAAGAGAGAGAAAGAAAGAUCAGAAUGGAAGAAACGAAAAUCAUAUACCACAUCGACGAUGAGGAGACGCCCUAUCUCGUCAAACUCAACAUCUCGCCGGAACGCGUUACUCUCGCCGACUUCAAGAAUGUGCUCAACAGGCCCAAUUACAAAUACUUCUUCAAGUCCAUGGACGAUGAUUUCGGCGUCGUCAAGGAAGAGAUAAUCGACGACGAUGCUCAUCUUCCCUGCUUUAAUGGCCGAGUGGUGUCUUGGCUGGUCUCGGCCGAAGGUAGCAACGUGUCCGACGGUGCGUCGCAGUGCACGGACACGGUGCCGCAUCAAGAGAUAGUGAAGCACGAGACUCACGUGACGCCGGGCCACACGACGCGACCGCCACUGCCGCUGUCCCACGACGACACGCUGACCGAGACCGAGAGCAUAAUCAGUAGCAGGCAGGGCCAUCACUUGCACAAAUCGUCGAGGCACCACAGUGACAAGUACGAGAAGUACAACAAGUACAAUGGCUUGAGGAUCAAUGGUCACUCGAAGCAUCGCUCGGCGCUCGGCUAUGAGUCCGCGUCGAUUCUGAGCUCUGACCUCGAGACCACCACGUUCCUCGAGUCGGACGACGACGCUAGUAGCCGGAUUACGUCCACCACCGGCAGGCACACCAACAUGAGCAGCGCCAUCGAUAGGCCGACGCUCGAUCGACGCAGACCACAGAGACGUCGUCGUCACAGGUUGCCACCGAUGUCGAGGACAUCAUCGUUCAGCAGUAUUACAGAUAGCACAAUGUCCCUGAACAUCAUCACUGUGUCGCUCAACAUGGACACCGUCAAUUUUCUUGGCAUAAGCAUCGUGGGCCAAAGUAACAAGGGCGGCGACGGUGGUAUCUACGUUGGAUCGAUAAUGAAAGGUGGUGCAGUGGCUUUAGAUGGUCGUAUCGAGCCGGGUGAUAUGAUUCUCCAAGUGAAUGACAUCAACUUCGAGAACAUGUCGAACGACGAGGCGGUUCGAGUACUUCGUGAAGUCGUGCAGAAACCAGGACCUAUAAAGCUCGUGGUUGCCAAGUGUUGGGACCCCAAUCCAAAGGGCUACUUUACGAUUCCACGAACGGAGCCGGUGCGACCGAUCGACCCUGGCGCCUGGGUCGCGCACACGGCUGCCAUCAGAGGCGAGGGCUUCCCACCAAGACCACCAAGUGCCACAACCAUCACUUCCACGUCGAGCAGCCUUACCAGUACACUGCCUGACACUGAGCGGCCCUUCGACGAUCUGGACUUGUCGAUAAACACGGACAUGGUGACGAUCGUGCGAGCGAGCCGGCCUGACUCGGGUCUCGAGAUACGCGACCGCAUGUGGCUCAAGAUCACAAUACCUAAUGCCUUCAUCGGCGCCGACGUCGUCGACUGGCUUCACACUCACGUCAAAGGAUUCAUCGACAGGCGCGACGCUCGCAAGUAUGCCUCGUUAAUGCUGAAAGCCGGCUUCAUAAGGCACACGGUCAACAAGAUCACAUUUUCCGAGCAGUGUUACUAUAUAUUUGGCGAUCUGUGCUCGGCGAUGAGCAACAUGAAGUUAGAUUGCGACACCGUCGGCCCGUUACCACCACCAACCGCUUGGGACAUGCCUUACUCGGGAACAUAUGCGCCGCACACGAACAGUGGCUACAGUCCCAUGCCAUUCAAUUUUACCAAUGAGCCUACUGUUUAUGGUUACAAUCGUGAGGAGAGCAUACACAGCGGCUCAGGAGGGAGCAGCGCGGGUAGCGAGCGUAUGUUGAAGGCGCCGAUGCAUGAUGUAAAGUCUUGUUGUUCUGAAUCAGAACUGCAGAUGCCGGUGGUGCCGGCCAUGCCGAAGACAGGAGGCACGGGCACCAUGACGAUUGGAGCUGGAAGUGGUUCCAACAGCAAACGUUCCAAUGGUAGUCGCAGCCGAAGCAGUGGUUCUGAGCAGUCUGUGCAAACGGGGACUGGUUCCGGUGGCUUUCCGCAGUCGCAAAUGCAGCAGCAGCAACAGCAGCAACAGCAGCAGCAGAGCCAACAGGAUCUAUCUGCCGUGAGGCGAGCCCAAGAGGAGACCCAGACGCAGACCAGCGACCUGGAUAACAGCAGGGAUGAUGAAGAGGACAUCCUGGAGUACCAUUUCUUGCACAAAUGAAGAUUGGAGGAAUAUUUCAUGUCGUCGGAUCGUUGCGCGCCUCCGCAAGGCAAAUGAAGCGUGCGAGCGUGAUUCGUGUAACUAUACAUUCGAAAAAUUCGACGCACGAUGAACACAUACAUACACACACAUUUCCUAAGUUUUUUACAAACGUUAGGAAAUUAAAUGAAACAUGAAUUUACAAAAAAAAACAAAAUAAAGACAAAGAAGUUAUUAUUCCAAGGACAAUGGUUUACAAAAGAAGGAGGGGAGCAAACAAAUUUGUCACUUAUGAUACCAUUUCGCACAUAGAUAAGAAUUAAUGGCGUAUGUAAUAUUGAGAGACGAAGAAGGGUGUCCGACGUUGUUGUAUUUACUGAAUAUAUAUAAUAAUGAAUUAUCGAUAGGGGAGGAAAGAAGAAGACAACGGAGCAAAGAAGAAAAAACCGAGUAUUUAACCACUCGCUGGAUUAAAGUCCGUAGGUUUGCUCGACACGACUUCGAGCCACCUCCGGAGUUCGAUCAUGUCUCGCGUACGACCAAUCAAAAAAAAAAGAAAAAACAAGUAAUGAGAGAGAACGAACCGAACAAUUAUAAUCAAUAAGUACGACUAAAUAAGAUAAGCGAAGUCCCUAUACACGUACAUCCAUACUUCCUUGUUGUGUAUCGUCCCGAUCGAUAGCGUAAAACACACUCGCACACAUUGACAAGCCGUGGUAGAUAUUUAAGACGCCUUAUACAUACGACGUGGAUUGCUUUUCCGAAAUAACAAAAUGAUCGUUCUUUUGUUUCACAUUGGAAUACGAGCGGCGUUCUUUCCGUUGAUCGACCCGAA